UAAACAAUAUGCGCAGACGCAGACGCGUUAUGGACAGUCAGAUAGCGCACUAGGAGGAAAUUCACCCACUGCUGUUGAGACCAGCAUAUUUUCUUUGGGAUAUACCGAUCGCAGAGCCUUUCGACGAGUUUUUUUUUCCAGACGGGGCGAACAUGGCGACGCUGGGACCGGAGCCCCGUCCUCAUUCCCAGCUGACUUCUGCCGCAUUACAGACGAACCUGAGCGGACUGGGCUCCAGCACGAAUCUGCCUCUAAACCGGGGCUUGGAGAGAGCUCUGGAGGAUGCGGCGAACUCCGGAUUUCUGAACCUCAGCACAAGAAAACUGAAAGAAUUCCCUCGGACAGCAUCUAAUUACGACCUAACGGAUACGGUUGAAGCAGAUCUGUCGAAGAAUCGCUUGAUUGACAUCCCGUCAGAGAUGUGUCAUCUGGUCUCCCUUGAAACGCUGAACCUUUAUCACAACUGCAUCAAAAGCAUUCCUGAUACCAUCAUCAGCCUUCAAUCCCUGACCUGCUUAAACAUCAGCCGGAACCAGCUGUCAGUGCUGCCAGCGUGUGUGUGUGGUCUUCCUCUGCAAGUGCUCAACGCCAGCAAUAACAAACUCAACGCACUUCCAGAAAGCAUUGGCCAGCUCACCAAUCUCAUGGAACUGGAUGUAAGCUGUAAUGAAAUCACAGCUCUUCCACGCCACAUUGGCCAACUCAAAGCUCUGAGGGAGCUCAAUGUGCACCGAAACCUUCUCUGUGUCCUGCCAGAGGAUUUGGCGGAUUUACCCCUGGUCAAGUUUGAUUUCUCCUGUAAUAAGGUUUCUACUAUUCCUGUCUGCUAUCGAAAAAUGACCCAGCUCCAAUCACUACAGCUGGAGAACAAUCCACUUCAGAGUCCUCCUGCACAGAUCUGCAUGAAGGGCAAGAUUCAUAUAUUUAAAUACCUCGCAAUGGAGGCAUGUCAUAGUGACAAGAUGACCGAUGCCCUGUACCUUCCUGUAACAGACCGCCUGAGCUUGACACGACCCACGAAUGGGAGCACUGAGGACAUCGAUCAGCACAAGAAACUUGACAGUGACUCUGGGGUGGGCAGUGACAACGGAGACAAACGCCUUUCUGCUACAGAGCCAUCAGAUGAAGACAGUCUCAGCUUGAAUGUGCCCAUGACCAACAUCACAGAGGAGGAGGGCUUGAGCAAAGACGACUCCAGUGAACACAUCAGCGCUCUGACAGCAGACAGAAGUUCAUCAGAAUCUCUCAAGGAGUAUCUGGGCUAUCGAGACUCUACGCUCAGCUCACCAUUCAUCAACUAUAUCAAAGGUCGAGGUGCUGACUUCGAUGAGCCCCUCAGGAUAGAGGAAGACACCAACUGGGCUUCAGAACAAACAUCAAAGGUCAAUAUGAUUAAUCAGCUAAAGGAAGCUGUGGAGAUGCUACAGGAUCCUAACAGGGUUAACAUGAACUCUGCUGAUCUCUCUAGUAUUAAGCUCUACCCUGUGGAAAUGGUUACAGUAGAUGAGUCGCUCAAUGGCCAAGAGAGUGACGAGUGUCAGGCAACACCUAAGGCGGCUCCUGGAGAAUGCUGGGAGUUCCAGAGGAAGCGACAGUACAUUCUAGAACGGGCCCGGCUCGAGGCCCAGCUCGCAUGUCAACAGUAUGCCCUGCACAUGGCACAACAGGGUGACGUAAUUGGCCAGGAAGGAUCAGGUGAUAGUUGUGAGAACCAAGUUACCAAGAGUGAAGACAAAACCCCAGUUUCCAGCCCUACAUUGAGCUCACCUCCCUUUGGUCUGAAGCCCAGAUCAGCUUCACCCUCUUUGCCGUGCUCGACUCUGUCGUGUCCCCUCCCCCUUACACAGGCCCCGCCCACAGAUAGAGACACGCCCCCUAGCCCAGCUGAAGGAGACAUGCCAAGCAGUGUGUAUUUCAGGACGCACAAGACUCUGGAAUCAGUAGAUCCUCAGUUCACCAUGAGGAGAAAGAUGGAGCAGCACAGAGAGGAGCUGGAGCUCAUAGAGCAACUGCGAGAGAGUAUAGAGAGCAGACUGAAAGUAGUUCUUCCUGAAGAUCUGGGCUCUUCUCUCAUGGAUGGGGUCGUGCUUUGUCACCUAGUCAAUCACAUUCGUCCACGUUCAGUGGCCAGUAUCCAUGUACCAUCCCCUGCAGUGCCCAAGCUUAGCAUGGCUAAAUGUCGCAGAAAUGUUGAAAACUUUUUGGACUCCUGCAGGAAAAUGGGAGUCCCUGAGGAUAAGUUAUGUCUGCCACAUCAUAUUCUGGAGGAGAAGGGCCUGAUCAAAGUUGGCAUCACUGUGCAAGCUUUGCUAGAUGAGACUUCGGUCAACGAAACACUCAUCACAUGAGUCACACAAACACAAGCAAGUCUCACUGACACACACUAAUUCCUGUGGAUGGACAUGCACCUUGUGCUGCAGAAGUUGACCUCCACCACCAGACGAUCUGUGAGAAAUUCCUUGGACAGUGUCCAUUUAUUUCUAUUAGAACAGAUGAUCCUCAGCUUGCAGGUAUAUGCUUAUGUUUUCCUCACUCUCUUUACUUUAUUAUUUAGUACUGUUAUCUGAUCACUGUUGCCCAGGCCAUAGUCGUGUAAGCAAAAUCAGCUCAAAACUAGCUCGAGAUAUGAAAUUCCUUUAUUUAAUAUACAUUUAUUUAUUAAACAGUUAGUUGAGGGAUAUACAUAAUUGUGCACAAUUCCUGAUGGAUCUACCUAUGUUUAGAUUAUAUGAUAUUUGUUUUGGGCCUUUAGUGAUCUAGAUUUAAAACACCUGUCCUCCCAGAGUCCUUCAAUAACCACAUUUUAACUUGUGUUUGGGAGACGUUGAUGUUUUGUCUCAGGGGAGGUGUGGCCUCACUAUAGUUUCCUACAGUCUCUGCUCUGCUUACCUGUCAGUCAGGUAUGAUUUCACUAAAAGAGUAUGUUUGAGUGUGUGGACAGUAGAAAACAUACCUGACUUUUGUUUUCAUUUGUGUAUGUGUAAUCGAUAUCUUGAGGAGAGUAUUUCUUUUGGGAGAGUGAGAGAACGAGAGCACAUGUUGGCACUUUUUGUAUGUAAGUUUGUGUAUCAAAGAACAUUUUUUCUCUAUUAUUUUACUUGUGCAUAUUUGCUUAUGGAAAGUCCGAUGUCCAAAGCUUCAGCUCCUCACAGAUUCAGCCAUGAAACAGACCAAAACAUCUGAAGCUGGAGAUUAUUUGACAGUUGCCAAAAUCAUUUUCUUAUAUCAAACCGAUUUACAAACAUAAUCAUUUUAUACAGUUUUUUAAAUGAUUUAAAUGUAUUCUUAAAAGAAGAGUUUUGUAUUUGUAGAAGGAUUUGUAAUGUGAUAUUGGUGUGUGAAUGUGUAAAAUGUACAGAACGUUUAUAUUUGAUGUGCUUAUUUUAAUAUGUUGAUUUGGUGUUUAUUUUACGUAAAGCACAAUUUAUUAAUGUGAAUGGACGAGGGAAAAAACAACUUAUCUUCUAGGUUAUUAUAUGAAAGCAGUUAUAACACUUCCAUAUGUCAUUUCAGAGAGACUGUUGGCUGUAAUUAUUUAUUCAUGACAAUAAUUUAAAUGCAUUCAGUACAAAUACAUUUACAAGGAUUAUCUCUGUACUGUAAUUGCCAACAAAAUAUAUUAUCUGCUCUUAAAACAUUAUUAUACUGUAGCAAAUAUUAGGGACAAAAAUCUGGCCAGAAGCUUUUAAGUUUGAACACCAAAAACAUGGUGCAUCAUGGGUUAAAAUGCUAUCUUAAUCAUAUUUAUACUACUUCCUAGAUUUUUUACACCAUAAACCUGUCAUAAUUUGUUUAAAACAAAUGGGGAAAAAAUGAAAGUGUGGAUUAGAAAGUGUAAUUUUAGAGACAUUUGAACAGAUAGCACUUAGAUUUUGGUCUUUGGUGGUAGCUUUACAUGGUAUUUUACAAGCCUUUAAUGUUGCAUUUCUUUAAAAAUUCAUGCAUAGUUUAGACUGUAGUCGCUUCCUAUAAAUUCACUGCUGUAUCUUUUAAGAAAUUCUGUUCUUAGGGUUGUCCUCAGACAUUAAAGGGGUCAUCGGAUGCAAAAUUCACUUUUGUUGUUGUUUGAACAUAAAUGUGUGUUGGA